AUGGCUACCAUAGCUCCCGCCAACCCCUCGCGGUGCAACCCAGCGCCGAAGGUUCCGAGCGAGAUAGACCAGCAAAGGCUGCGCAAAAAGAUCCAGAACCGACAAAAUCAGAGAGCUCGUAGAGUGCGACUACAAGCAGCGAGCAAUUCAAAUGAGAAACAUGCAUACAGAGUACAUCGUUGGCGGAUUGAUACCAAUGACGAGCCACAGCAGAAACCGGCUGCAUCGAAACCCAUGAAAGAGGGCCAUAAUAGUCCCAUAGCUCCCGGCAAGAGCCGGAGAGACUCAGAAAAUAGUAUUUUCGGGUCUGUGCCAGGGAACCACUCGACUUUGGACUUGGCAAUCAAUUCAAGGGCAUCGUGUCAAUCACGUAUCAAACAGUCGCUGCCUGCCGACAAUUUGCUCCACCUCAUUCACUAUAACACCUUCUGCGGGCUAUGCAACAACAAGUACAUACUAGGAACAGCAACCAUUUCCUGGGAACCAGAGACUAAGCCAGAACAAUUCGAUAAAGCAUUCCCGGGCUUCUCAGUCGUACUACCAUUCGCCCCUGGUCUCCCAAGCAAUCUAAACCCAUCCGAAUCCCAGAUGAAGAUAGUGCAUUCAACUUGGAUCGAUCUGAUUCCUUUUACUGCAAUGCGAGAGAACCUGAUUCAGUGGGAAACUUCUUUCGACCACAAAGACUUUGCACAAGAUCUUGUGGGUGGUGUGGCUGAUCCGGAUCUAUUUUCGCAGCCGCGAUAUACUCGUUUUGAGAUGCCGAUGAAGGGAAACUACUUAUUAUCGGGCGAUGAAGAUGAUGAUGAGGUUACGGCUAAUAGGAAUGGAUGGAUUCUGUGGGGAGAGCCAUACGAUGUUAAUAGCUGGGAGGUUACGCCGGGGUUUUUGCGCAAGUGGGCGUGGGCAAUGCAGGGGUGCGAAGAGCUCAUAGUUUCUAGUAAUCGGUGGAGGAGGAUUAGAGGGGAGGAGCCACUUCGUUUCUCGAUGUGUGUUGAGGAUUUCAGAUGA